CAUAUCAACGACCCUACUCUCUGCCAUCAGAGUCGUUGGAUCCAAACCCCAUAAAAUGCAUCACCAUCAUCAUCACCUUCAAAUCCUCCUCAUCCUUUCCCUUCUUCUAGUUCUAGGGUUAGGGUUAGGGUUUUUCCUUCUUCCUUCUCCUCCUUCUCCGCUAUUUCGAAAUGUGGAAUUCGACAGAGAGCGUUUUCUCCAGGUCGAGCUCUUACAGGGAAACGGAAGACGAUGAGGAGGCACUCCGGUGGGCGGCACUGGAGCGGCUGCCGACCUACGAUCGUGUCCGGAAGGGGAUCUUCCGGAACGUCGUCGGAGAUUUCUCGGAGAUCGACGUCGGGAGUCUCGAGAUCGAGGACCGGAAGCUUGUGCUGGAUCGGCUGGUAAAUGCUGUGGAUGAGGACACCGAGCUGUUCUUUGACAGGAUGCGGAAGCGAUUUGACGCAGUAGAUUUGGAAUUCCCAAAGAUUGAGGUCCGAUUUCAGCAGCUGAAAGUCGAUGCAUAUGUCCAUGUCGGAAGCAGAGCAUUACCUACAAUUCCCAACUUCAUUUUCAAUAUGACUGAGGCCUUCUUGAGGCAACUCAGGAUCUUCCCUGGCAGGAGAAAACGGUUAUUAAUAUUGGAUAGCAUUAGCGGGAUCCUUAGGCCUUCCAGAAUGACACUGCUGUUGGGUCCUCCAAGCUCUGGAAAGACCACUUUGCUCUUGGCUCUUGCUGGACGACUUGGCUCUGGUUUGCAGACAUCAGGGUGCAUUACCUAUAAUGGACAUGGGAUGAAGGAGUUCGUUCCUCAAAGGACUUCGGCUUAUGUUAGUCAGCAGGACUGGCAUGUGCCUGAGAUGACGGUGAGGGAAACCCUCGAGUUUUCAGGACGUUGUCAAGGCGUUGGAAUCAAGUAUGAUAUGCUUUUGGAACUUUCAAGAAGAGAGAAGAAUGCUGGGAUUAAACCCGAUGAAGAUCUUGAUAUAUUCAUGAAGGCAUUAGCUUUGGGGGGUGAGAAGACAAGCCUUGUUGUGGAGUAUAUAAUGAAGAUUUUAGGGUUGGACGUCUGUGCUGACACGUUGGUGGGAGAUGAAAUGCUUAAAGGGAUCUCUGGGGGACAAAAAAAGCGCCUUAGUACAGGUGAAUUGUUAGUUGGUCCAGCUAGAGUCCUGUUCAUGGAUGAGAUAUCAAAUGGGCUUGACAGUUCGACAACGCAUCAAAUCAUUAAGUAUCUUAGGCAUUUGACCCAUGCACUUGAUGGGACCACAGUCAUAUCUCUGUUGCAACCAGCUCCUGAAACUUAUGAGUUAUUCGAUGACAUUAUUCUUCUAUGCGAAGGCCAGAUCGUGUACCAGGGACCUCGUGUUGCUGCUCUUGACUUCUUUGCAUUCAUGGGUUUCAGGUGUCCUGAACGGAAAAAUGUGGCAGACUUCUUGCAAGAAGUUACAUCAAAGAAGGAUCAGCAGCAGUAUUGGUCUGUUCUUGACAGACCUUACCAAUAUGUACCUGUGGUAAAAUUUGCCGAAGCUUUCCAUUCAUUUCAUGUUGGUAAGAGAUUGUCCGAGGAACUAGCUAAUCCAUUUGAUCGACGGCAUAAUCAUCCAGCUGCCCUGUCAACUUCUAGCUAUGGUGUAAGGAGAGCUGAGCUUUUCAAAACCAGCUUUUCCUGGCAAGUGCUAUUGAUGAAGCGGAAUUCUUUCAUCUAUGUCUUCAAAUUCAUACAGCUACUGUUUGUUGCUCUGAUCACAAUGACAGUUUUUUUCCGGACGAGAAUGCACCACAACUCAGUUGAUGAUGGAGUCAUCUAUCUUGGGGCUUUGUAUUUUGCAAUUAUAAUGAUUCUAUUUAAUGGGUUCACAGAAGUUUCCAUGCUGAUAGCCAAGCUUCCAGUGAUUUACAAGCAUAGGGACUUGCACUUCUAUCCGUGCUGGAUUUAUGCAUUUCCUUCUUGGGUCUUAAGUAUUCCGACUUCUCUUGUAGAGUCUGGCAUAUGGGUGGGGGUUACAUACUAUGUGAUUGGCUUUGAUCCACAAAUAACUAGGUUCCUUCGGCAGUUCCUGUUAUUUUUCUUUUUGCACCAGAUGUCUAUAGCUCUAUUUCGUCUGACAGCAUCCUUGGGUCGGAAUAUGAUAGUUGCCAAUACCUUUGGAUCAUUUUCAAUGUUGGUCGUCAUGGUUCUUGGAGGAUUUAUCCUUACCAGAGAUAGCAUCCCGAGCUGGUGGAUUUGGGGUUACUGGUUUUCUCCUUUGAUGUAUGCUCAAAAUGCAGCUUCUGUAAAUGAGUUUCUUGGGCAUUCUUGGGCUAAGAAAGUUUGGAACCAUGCUAAUAAUAUGCCAUUGGGAGAGGUAGUGUUGAAAGCACGCGGUUUCUUUCGACAGAGUUACUGGUACUGGAUUGGUGUUGGUGCUUUGCUAGGUUACACAGCCAUAUUCAAUGCCCUACUUAACUUCUCUUUGACUUACCUCAAUCCUCUGGGGAAGCCACAGGCAGUGGUGUCUAAAGAAGAGCUUCGAGAGAGAGAUUCAAGAAGACAAGGAGAAAAUCAUUCUGUUGAGCUCAGAUCAUAUAUGCAUUCAAGCUCUCUAAAAGGAAUAACUGGUAAAGAACAAAGGGGCAUGGUUCUUCCCUUUCAACCUCUUUCCAUGUGCUUCAGCAAUAUCAACUAUUACGUGGAUGUGCCUGUGGAACUGAAGCAGCAGGGUAUCUUAGAAGACCGCUUGCAGUUGUUGAUUAAUGUUACUGGAGCAUUUAGACCUGGAGUGCUUACUGCAUUGGUUGGUGUCAGUGGUGCUGGCAAAACUACCCUCAUGGAUGUUUUAGCUGGUAGAAAAACUGGUGGACUCAUAGAAGGGAGCAUAACUAUUGCCGGGCAUCCAAAAAACCAAGAAACUUUUGCAAGAAUCUCCGGCUAUUGUGAGCAGAAUGACGUCCACUCACCAUGCAUGACUGUUCUUGAAUCACUUUUGUACUCCGCGUGGCUCCGGUUACCGUCUGAUGUUGACUUGGGAACGCAAAGGGUUUUUGUGGAAGAAGUGAUGGAGCUUGUUGAACUCACUCCAUUAAGUGGUGCCCUUGUUGGUCUACCCGGUGUUGAUGGGUUGUCCACAGAGCAACGCAAAAGGUUGACAAUUGCAGUGGAGCUUGUUGCCAAUCCAUCUAUCGUGUUUAUGGAUGAACCCACAUCAGGAUUGGAUGCCAGGUCUGCAGCCAUUGUGAUGAGAACUGUUAGGAAUAUUGUGGAUACUGGGAGAACAAUUGUGUGCACCAUCCAUCAGCCGAGCAUAGACAUUUUUGAAUCUUUUGAUGAGCUACUGUUCAUGAAGCGUGGAGGGCAGCUUAUUUAUGCUGGUCCAUUGGGUACCAAUUCUCACAAGCUUGUUGAGUAUUUUGAGGCAAUUGAAGGAGUGCCUAAAAUUCGGCCUGGAUAUAACCCAGCUGCAUGGAUGCUAGAAGUUACUUCUACAGCACAAGAAAGUCGCCUUGGUGUGGACUUUGCUGAAGUUUACCGGAGAUCUAAUCUCUUCCAGAAGAACAGAGAAUUGGUUGAAAGGCUAAGCAGGCCAAAUGGGGACACCAAAGAUUUAAGUUUCCCAACCAAGUAUUCCCAACCAUUUCUUGUCCAAUUUCUUGCUUGUCUUUGGAAGCAAAAUCUGUCUUACUGGAGGAACCCACAAUACACUGCAGUCCGCUUCUUCUAUACGGUCAUCAUUUCGUUGAUGUUUGGAUCAAUUUGUUGGAGAUUUGGUUCUAAAAGGGAGAACCAGCAGGAUGUCAUGAACGCCAUGGGAUCCAUGUAUGCAGCAGUCCUAUUCAUUGGAAUUACCAAUGCAACAGCCGUUCAGCCUGUUGUCUCCAUCGAGAGAUUUGUUUCAUACCGAGAGAGAGCUGCAGGGAUGUAUUCAGCUCUACCAUUUGCAUUUGCCCAGGUUGCAAUUGAGUUUCCCUAUGUGUUUGUACAGACACUUAUUUAUGGCAGUGUGUUCUACUCCAUGGCCUCGUUUGAAUGGGCCAUAGAGAAAUUCCUCUGGUACAUAUUCUUUAUGUACUGUACGUUGCUGUACUUCACAUUUUUUGGCAUGAUGACUACCGCGGUCACACCCAAUCAUAGCGUGGCGCCCAUCAUUGCUGCACCGUUUUACAUGCUGUGGAACCUCUUCUGUGGAUUCAUGAUCCCACACAAGAGGUUGCCUGGAUGGUGGAGAUGGUAUUACUGGGCAAACCCCAUAGCCUGGAGUCUCUACGGCCUUCUGACAUCCCAAUACGGUGAUGUUGAUGAACCCAUGAAGCUCUGGGAUGGGAAUCGACCUGUGCCAAUAAGACAGUUUCUCAAGGAACACUUUGGAUUCCGGCACGACUACUUGGGCAUAGCUGGGUUUAUGGUGGCGGGUUUCUGUGUGAUAUUUGCUGUGAUUUUCGCUUUUGCAAUCAAAUGCUUCAACUUCCAGAGGAGAUAGGAAAGUCCCAUCAAUAGCAGGUAUUAGGAAAUUUCGAGCACCCGUUCUUAAUAAGCGAAUGAUAAUAUGUUGUAGGAAAUUUGUACAGCUGAGUAUACACAUAUAUUAUGUAUAAUGUUGCUGGUCCUUUCACCUAAUAUCCGGAGUAAAUGAGGCCCACACUAGAACGGGUUUGAUUCUUGUGUGGCAUUACUAUC